AACCCUUUGGCUGAUCCAUCCAAGCUUCCUUAUCAAGUUGGAUUCUCCUAUUUCGGCGAAUGGUGGAGAAUGAACGAAAAAAUUAAAGAUGAUAAAGAACACGCCCGGACAGGGCGGAGACGAGAGCCCGACAGGAAUAGAGGCGCUCGAGACAGCCAAGAGGAGCGUGAGAAAGAAAAAGCCAAGAUUCAAGUAGCAUACGAUGCGUAUAAAGAAGACCUCCAAGCCAAGAUGGCCAGGGCUUUCGUUUCGGAGCACAAAAAAGAGCAAUGGUUCAAAGAAAGAUAUGUUCCCGAAAUCAGGGACGAAUUCAAAGCUAAGCUCCAAGAUUUUCGACGAAGUGCGUAUGGCCAGUGGGAGCAAGAUUUAGAAUCUGGCAUUUUUGAUGAGUUCUCUCUCGAGGGCAUCCCAAAAAGCGAAAGCAAUGGAGCUGGUGGGGUAAUCGAAAAGGAGGAGGGCGAAGCAACAGCCGCCAACGAAAUUUUGGGAGUCGGCGAUUUGGUUCCCGUGAAUGGGGCUGAUAUCCGUGAUGAAAAUCAAUUUCAGCCCACUCUGCUUAUCAAGACUAUUGCCCCUCAUGUUAGUCGCCAGAAUCUAGAAGCCUUUUGCAGAGAAAAUCUCGGAGAAGAGGAAGGUGGCUUCAAGUGGCUAUCUCUCUCCGAUCCAAACCCUAGCAAGAGAUAUCACCGUAUUGGCUGGGUUAUGCUUCAUCCUUCUUCGGAUAGCGCGCCGCCAAUGGAUCGCGCAAACCCCGAAGAUGAGGAUGGAGACGUAGCAAUAAGAUCGCCACCUCCCCCUGCUUCGGCCGCAGAGAAGGCUCUCGAAGCUGUAAACGGGAAGACGGUCAAAGAUGAGGCUCGGGGAGACUUUGUCUGCCAUGUCGGAGUUCACAACCCACCCCUUCAUCCUAGAAAGAAAGCGCUUUGGGACCUGUUUUCUGCGCCAGAGCGAGUCGAGAAGGAUCUUCGCUUGGUCAAACGGCUAGUCAACAAAUACGAAGAAGACUUUGGCUCUGAUUUCCAGGCCAUCCCGAAAAUCGAAGAAAAAGUUGACGAUCUGAAAAAUGCUGGUCGCCUACAGCCUGCUAUACCCCCCACUUCAACGAAGAAAGCCACCAAGUCUCGAGAGCCUGGAAUGGACGAAGCAAUGGACGAUGAUGAGGAGGCCGCUGAAGAAGAGGAAGAGGAAGAAGGAGCAGUCGAAGACGAGGAAGUUGAUGACGAGGAGAUGUUGGUGAAAAAGAAACAACUUGACCUGCUCAUUGAGUAUUUGCGCCGCGUCUUUCACUUUUGCUUCUUUUGCGUAUUUGAAAGCGACUCUGUGCAUGAGCUCACACGUAAAUGCGCUGGUGGACAUCUACGCCGACCUCAGAGCACUCUCACGUCUUCCGCCAGAGCCGUUGCUAGGGCUAGUGCAAAUGGAGAUGCUUUCCCCGACAAGAAACGAAGCGAGGGCGAUAAUGACGUUGAUGGAGAGUCGGUUGAGGGCGACAAAAAGUUUCGCAACAUGUCUUCCAAAACCGAGCAACAGCUUCUCCGCGCGUAUAACUGGGUCAAAACCUUUGAAGACAAGCUUACGCAGAUCCUGGAACCCAGUGCCGUGGAUAUUCGCAAGCUUGGUGGCAGACCAGUUGACGAGGCAAUUGAUGAAGAGCUGGCCAAACAUGUCAAGCAGGAGGACGAGCACAAAUGGAGAUGCAAAGUUCCAGAGUGCACCAAGCUUUUCAAAGAAGAUCACUUUUGGAAGAAGCAUGUUGAAAAGAGACAUGGUGAAUGGCUGGAUGGCUUGAAACAAGAGUUUGAACUUAUCAACGCAUAUGUCUCAGAUCCAGCACAUAUUGCUCCUUCGCGAACCGACGCGAACUCAAAUGGCCACUUCCCACCUACCAGCGGCCAGUCAGCAUCAGGUACCCCUCGUGGCUUCAACCUGCAAAACUUCUCCAUGAAUGGCGUGAUGGGUAUGCCCGGAUUUCCCAUGGGCCCCGGAAACUUCCCCUCGUUGUUUGCAGGCAUGCAAGCCAAUAACUGGAACUCUGCGGGCGACGACCGCUCAGGGGGCCCUGUCCGUCGAGGCGGAAUGUCUGGUGGACGAGGCGGAUAUCGUUCGGCACCGUAUGAUCGCCGUGGGGGCAACCGCUGGGAUGGAGGCGGUGGCCGAAACCGCAACGGCGGGUCUCGAUGGGGAGACGGAGCUGGUGCUGCGGCCGCCGCUCCUCGAGAAGCUGUGCAGGGACGUAGCUUGAAGAGCUAUGAAGACCUGGACCAAGUAUCUGGCAGUGGAAAUGGGGGCGCUGAGCUCAACUAUUAA